AUGUCAAGAAGAGGCUUACGAGAUGAAGAAAUCGAACGAUUAUUGUGUGAAAUUCCAUCAGACGAGGAUUCCACUGUUGACACCACAGAUGACGAAUCUGAUUAUGAAGCAAGCAUUGUUGCGGAGGCUAUUGUGUCGUCUGAAGGCGAAGUUUCAGAGAGCGAGGAAGAAAGUGAGUCCACUCCGCCAAAACGCGCUGCUGACACAGCGCCAACUUGGGGACAACAAUUCAAUGCUACCUCAGGAAUGCAGUUCGACAGUGAAUCAGGACCAAGUGCUUUUAUUAGGGACAUUGAUGAUCCAGAACCUAUCGAUAUAUUCGAAAAAAUAUUUCCAAAAGAGCUAGUUGAGCUAAUCGUUUUCCAAACAAAUUUAUAUGCGACGCAAUCUGGCAAGUCUUUCACUCCAACAACUGACAAUGAAAUACGAACUUUCCUGGGAAUCAACAUUUUGAUGGGUAUAAAGCGUAUGCCAGCAUACAGAGACUACUGGUCUAGUGCCCCAGAACUUCAUGAUCGUUAUAUUGCAUCUCUGAUGGCAGUAAAUCGGUUUGGAUGGUUACUGAGGAACAUUCAUCUGAAUGAUAACACAUUGCAUCCAGAAAAAGGACACCCAGGUUAUGACAAACUGUACAAGCUGCGACCAGUGAUCAAGAUACUAUCUGAAUCUUUUUCCAAGUGUUACCAACCCAGCAAACACCUAGCAAUUGAUGAGUCAAUGAUCAAAUUCAAAGGCCGCAACAGUAUGAAACAAUACAUGAGAGAUAAACCCAUAAAGCGUGGUUACAAAGUGUGGAUGCUGUGUGACAAGACCUCUUACAACUUGAAAUUUGAUAUUUACACCGGAAAAUAUAAUCCCAGUCUUUUAAUAUGUGAACUGACCAGCGUUGAUGAUGAAAAGAAAUGCUCAUGCACUAAUCAUGAUGAUGAAGAAUCCAGUAAGCAUCCACCGACUGAUGAUGAUAACACGCUGUUGUCUCCAUUUACAGGCACUAUUGUGUCAUUCGUCAUAAACGACAUGGCGGAGGAUGAAAAUGCGAAUGGUUGA